AGUCCUGACGCAGACCCUUACCUUGCAACACGCUUCCUAUUCCCAUUCAGGACGUCCCAGCGAGACACUCACACAGACAUACGAGAGAGUUUUAUGUGACGAGACCUAGCCAGUUCAUUCAUCACACAUGAAAGGUACAAACGGAGAACGAUGGAGGACAGCGAGUGGCCUUCUGGCUCUGCUUCUGCUGGUCCAAACUUGCAGUUCGAACCCAGCGAGACCGCGGCCGGCGCGACCGCAGCCCGACGCGUCCGACGAUACCUUGCUGACGGGCAGCGUGGAGAACACGACGGCCGACCAGAAGGUGCCGCGCAAACUGCAGAAACCCAACAGGGACAACUUGUGGUGGGCCAACCCAUGUGGUGUGAGCGGCGGUGGCGAGUUGCACACGCCGAAAUUCACCUCUUCCGAAGAGGUGGAGAUCUUCGAGAUGAAGAACGAACCCAACAGCAUCACAGAGUCUUGGGUCACUCAGCUGCGGAGCACCGUCAUCCACAUCAAAAAGAUCGAGGAGCGCUACAGAGAUAAGCAUCCUUUAUCAGACAAAGAUUUGCUUCAACUGAUCAGAAGUUUUCAAGAGGAACUUAUGAUCGACGUUGGAGAGAUCCAACAUUUUGCGGAAGAAGAUUUUGAGUUUACUUGGCUUCCAGAGGUUUCAAAAGAUUACAAUCAAACCAAGCAAAAGAUGUUUCAGACUGUUCGAGUUGCAAAUCAGUUGUACAAAGGCCUGCAGAGGUUUGCAGUCACCAUCGAGUGCAUGAUGGGCCACAGUGGCUGCAAGCAAAUCAUCAAAAGUCUGAAAAAGAAGAGGAAGAACAUCAUCAAAGAGUUGCAAGAUCAAAAGCCAAAUCAGAAGAUUUCUUCGACCAGGAUGGCGAUGCUUAAAGAAAUCAAGCACCAACUGAGACUGUUGCUGUGUGAAGUUCAAACGUUUUUGAGAGGCGUCAAGAAUGGAAAAAAGCUGCCAUCUCCACCAAUGAUCAGCAUCAUCAAUGAAAAGGAGUUAAAGGAUUCGCCAGACGAGACGGAGCAACUGGUCCUAGACCUGGGCAUCAUCUUUAAGUACAAGAGGUACUUGGGCGAGUGGGAGAAGAUCAUCAAAAACCUUUUGAAGAAUGUUGAACCUGCCAUCAGGAAGAAGCGAAAAUCAAAUAAGAAAAAUCAGCAAGAAAAGGGAGAGACUCCCGAGGGCCAGCAGAGGCCAAGGGCGGGCAGAAGAUUAGGCGGCCGGGGUGGUCAGCGGAGACAAAAGAAACAGGGCCAGAAACCUAAGACAACAACGCCAGCACCUUGAAGAGAAAAAUCACUGCCAUUCCAAACCACAAGUUACAUAUCAUGAUAGUAAUUUAUUCAGAUGCAUUUUGAUUAUAUUUUAGACUGCGCCGAGCAAGACAAUAUUUGAAAACAAACUUGGAGCGACUACUUUUUAAUGAUCGUUCUGUAAAUAUUGGAAGGAGCUCCAAUUUUGUGAUACUUGUUGCAUUCCAAAGCUUGAAAGGGGCUGGAGAAAUAUGUUUAGUUAGAUGAUUUUUUUAGACUGAAAAGUUGUGUGUAAUUUAUUUAUGGAGAAAUUCAGCCUCAAAAUAAUUUGCUUGAAUUAAUUUUUGGCUGAAGUGUUAUGAUUUACGCUUUGCAAUGGUGAAAGUGAUUGAAUGCUCAAUUUACAAAUUGUUUAAAAAAAAAUUCUCAUAAUUUAAUAAAUCUUUUUGUAAUUUGAGUAUUUUAUCAUUUGACACUGCAACUUAACCGUAAUUGUGAUACAAUUUAAUUGAUCAUAAAUAUUUUGGCACCAAUUAAGAAAUUAUUUGACUGCCAAAAUAUUUCAACUAGUUUUUACAAUCAUGUAAAAUCCACUGUGUGGAUAUUCCUAAAUGUAUAGAUGAUAGGUUGUUAUUAAUUUAUUAUACCUCAUUAUUAGUGUUAAUAAUUUAUUUGAAACUAUGUAAAUACUUAAUAACUUUUAAUUUUCCUACAUCACUAUAUUUCUGUAUUGCUCAAACUUCAUCUGUCAUUAAAUCUUUUAAUCGAACUAUUUAUUGUUGAUCAUAUUUACAAUUAGAUGACUUGAAAGUUUUUAAAACAACUUAUCCUUGUGCCUUAUAAAGUUAUAAAUUAUCUUAAUGGAACAGUUAUAGCAAUUUAAGAUUGGUAAAAAUAUUUAAUUGAACCUACAAAUGGCAUUGAUUUUUCUAAUCAACUAUGGAUAAUUCCUUAUGCAUAACUGAACACACCUAUGAACUUUUGUACUUGACCUCUUUGUACUGUACUUUCCGAGCAGUGGAUUAAAAGAAACAAGACUGCAAA